GACGUCAUAUUACGCAACAUCCGUUGGAAUCCGUCAUGGCGGCGUUCUUUCCAGUCACAAUGGAUGCCGCUUGCUAGUAUAUUUGAAGUUGACCAGCCAUUGUUCUUGCAAGUCGUCGGGAAGGUUUUUCUUUACGCGGCGACUUAAUGUUAAAGCAGGCGGUCAACGCCGGCCCCUCGUCCUCAGUGCCCUCCCCCCAGCCGACGAAGGAGUCGAAAGAAAAUGCAGCGGCGAGCCAACAGGCCAUGUUGGACCACAUCAAGCCGUGCUGGUAUUGGGACAAGAAGGAUUUGGCGCACACACCAUCUCAGUCGGAAGGCCUCGACCCGGGCACUGAAGCUCGCUACCGCAGAGAGGGGGCCCGCUUCAUAUUCGACGUGGGCACCCGACUUGGACUACAUUAUGACACACUGGCCACCGGCAUCAUCUACUUCCACCGUUUCUAUAUGUUUCACUCUUUCAAGCAGUUUCCCAGAUAUGUGACGGGCGCUUGUUGUCUCUUUCUGGCGGGCAAAGUGGAGGAAACGCCCAAAAAGUGUAAAGACAUCAUCAAGACGGCACGCAGUUUGCUCAACGACGUGCAGUUUGCUCAGUUUGGAGACGACCCCAAGGAGGAAGUCAUGGUCUUGGAGCGAAUCCUUUUGCAGACGAUCAAGUUCGACCUGCAGGUGGAGCACCCGUACAUGUUCCUCCUGCGUUACGUGAAGCAGCUCAAAGGGGAGAAGAAUAAAGUGUGCAAGGUUCUCCAGAUGGCUUGGACCUUUGUCAACGACAGCAGCCUGUGCACCAUGCUGUCGCUCCAGUGGGAGCCGGAAAUCAUCGCCGUGGCCGUCAUGUACCUGGCGGGCCGCCUGUGCAAGUUCGACAUCCAGGAGUGGACGGCCAAGCAGUCGUCCCGCCGCUGGUGGGAGCAGUUUGUCCAGGACGUCCCCGUCGAGCUUCUGGAAGACAUCUGCCAUCAGAUCCUGGACUUGUACUCCCACGGCAACAAGCCCAUCCCCCAGCAGAUGCAAGAAAAGGAGCGGGCGCCCGCCGCCCCCGCCCUGACCCCCACCCCUCCGGCGCCGCCGUUAACCGCCAACCCGCCCCCACCGCCGGCCAAGAAGGCGUCCCCGCAGGGCGGCAGCCCCACCCGACAACUCAAACGAGCACACACCUCCCCCAAGGAAGAACCAAAGCCUCCAGAACAAGUUGGAUCAAAGAUUCCUCGACUGGAGAGCCCCAUGCCACCGUUGCCCACCUCGCAGCCGCCGCCUGACCGCAAGCCCGCCGCCCCCGCCCCUCCCGCCGAAGCGGAACCCCCAAGCGAAGCAGCCCCUCCGCCCCCUCACGCGCCGCCGCCCACCCAACCCCACGCGCCCCCUCCCCUCCCUCACCGGCCGCCCCCGCCGCCGCCUUCCAACUACGUCAUGUCUACCAGCGGCUCGUACAUGUCGGGCGAGGGUUACCAGAGCCUGCAGUCCAUGAUGAAGACGGACGCGCCCGCCUAUGUGCCCCCCAUGCCGCCCACCUACGCCCCCCCAAUGCCGCCCUAUCACGUGUACCCGCCGCCCACCGCCCCCCCACCGACCCAUCCUCCGCCCACAGGCUACCCGCCGCCGGCCAUGCCUCCCAGCUACCCGCCGCCGGGCUACACCAGCUUCCCUCCGCCGCCGCACAUGCCACCAACGCACGUGCCCCCGCCCAUCGGCCUCCCCCCUGCCGGGUACCCACCUCCACCCGUGCCGCAAGGUCAGUCGCAGGUUCCCCUGCCCCCGCCCCCUGGCAUGCCCAUGAAUCGCGGCGGCUGGAUGAGAUGAGAUGAGAUGAGCGUCACUGAAUAGACCCUGAAAGUUAGUAGAGUUAUUUUCUUCUUGCCGGAGUCAUACUUUGGUUUGGUGGGUUCACUUCCACGGUGUGUAGUAAGUAGUCUUGUCGUCUCGUCAGGGUUUUUGCGGACCAGGUGAACUUUUCCACCCUCAUGUGCCUUAAAGGCGCCUUUCUGCUUCCCCUUCUCACCUUUGGAUUUGUGUCAAAUUGGCACUUGGGAAAAAAAUAAAUGGCUUUUUUUUUGUUCAAUUUGAUUCCGUUGUUGUGUCGUGAGUGAACUGUUGGAGUCAUUUAUUGGUCGUAACAGUUUUCCUAGCUCAUCAGGUUUUUGAGAUUUGGAUUUGUCUUUAAAGUUUGACCUCUAAAAGCCUGUAUAAGACAGAUUUUUGCCAUGCAUUACAAAUGAUAAUUGUGAUGUUUCCAGGAAAAAAAAUCCCCUUGUUGAACCUCACCCUUAAAUAUUACAAUGACUAGACAUGCUAGACAAAUCUAGAUAAGUUUACUUGCCCCCCCC